AUGUCGAAGAACGUCAAGGACAUGCACAUCUGCAUCGCCGGCUCAGGCAUGGGCGGUCUCGCAUGCGCCCUCUCCCUUGCCCGUCAAGGCUUCACAAAAAUCUCCGUCUACGAAUACGCAUCCUCCCUCGGUUUCGUCGGCGCCGGCAUCCAACUUGCCCCCAACAUGGCACGCAUCCUCGACCGUCUAAACGUGUGGAAACCCAUCCAAGCCGAAGCCGUCGACCUCAAAGACACGUCCAUCCGUCAAGGCUCCUCCGACGCCGAACUCGCAAACGUGCAACUCCAAUACGUCCGAGAAACCUACGGAUACCCCCACAUGGUUGGCCAUCGCUCCAAUCUGGCUGGAGAAAUGUACAAUGGCUGUAAAGACGAGUCUGCAAACAUCACUUUCCAUUUCUCGCAUUCGGUGCAAAAGGUGCAUUCUUGGAGUCCUGGGGUCAGGUUUGAAGUCAAGCCUAGAGAUGGAGAGGCGUUUGAUGUCGAAUGCGAUGUCCUCCUCGCCGCCGACGGUGUGAAAUCAAACAUCAGAGAUCAAAUGCUCGCACUCCUCAACAUCGACGCCAAAGUCGUGGAUUCGGGCCAAGCAGCUUACAGAAUCAUGUUGGACAGAAAAGACAUGGAAAACGAUCCCGAAUUGUUGGAACUGAUUGAUGGUGAAAGAGCUACUCGUUGGAUCGGCGAGAGGAGACAUAUCAUCGCAUACCCGGUUUCCAACAACACGAUUUACAAUCUGAGUACUGCACAGCCGGAUACCAAUUUCGCUGCUGCGCCUUCGGCUACGUAUACGACCAAGGGUAGUAAGAAGGAGAUGUUGGAGACUUAUGCGGAUUUCUGUCCCAAGGUGCAGAAGAUGCUGAACAUGGUGCCUGAGGGCGAGGUAUGCGAGUGGAAGUUGCGAGUACACGCGCCUCUGCCUACAUGGGUGCAUGGCAGUAUGGCAUUGGUUGGUGAUGCUUGUCAUCCCACCUUGCCUCAUCUGGCCCAAGGCGCAGCUCAGGCCAUCGAAGACGGAGCUGUGCUGGGCGUUGUGUUGAGCAAGGUUCCUGAUACCAGUGCUGAGAGCAUCAACAAGGCACUCAAGGUGUACCAGGAGUUGAGGAAGAGUAGAGCAGAGGGACUGGUUGCGCUGGCAGCGGCGAAUGGAAGGGAGAUGCACUUGGGAGAUGGAGCUGCCAAGGAAGCGCGAGAUGCUGCUUUCAAGGCCAUCAGGGAAGGCAGAGAGGGAGCUAAGGUCCCUGACAGAUGGGCGGAUGCUGAUGUGCAGAAGAUGAUUUAUGGUCACGAUUGCUGGAAGGACGCCGAAGAGCAGUUCGAGACAUUGUUUGCUGCUGCUGCUUGA